AUGCCGAAAAUCAAGUUCACUCUCGGCGAGACGCUCCAGCUCAUCAGCGCGUUGCCGUACUUGCGACAGCUGAGUACCGGUAUUCAUAUCACAAGAGAGAUGCGCACGAAUACGUUUGCUCACAGACGGUGCCGUGGCAAAUGCUACUUGGACUGGAGACAGGCCGUGGAGUACAGCGAUGAUGACAGCGACUCGGAUGCCAGCAGCAGUGCCAGCGCCGAUCUUUACAGUGACUACCUUCUUAGCUGUGGCCAAGGCGUCCAGCAGCUGAAAGCGUUCAUGACUGACCAUCUGCCAAACAUCUACACGAGUCUGGGCUUUGUCGACGAACUCUACACGCGGUACUACCCGCUGUCCACAACGCUCUCUAUCUUGGAUGGGUGCACGUAUGACGGAAAUAUGGUGUUUGCACAGUGCCGGAUGCUUGCUAUAUUAACGGCCCUCUGCCCUUCUGUCCAGCGAGUGCAGGCCGGCUGGAUCGAUGACACCAACCACUUGACGACCCGCAGCGACACAAACCGAUACAUUAGCCGCGAGGAAAUCGAGGAGAACCAGGCAGCACGCCGAUCUGGAUCCGUCGCCUCCAGCAGCUCCAAGCAGUCUAAGCCUUUGCCCCUUUCCCGGCCUGAAUGCAUGUGA